AUGCUUCCGCGGUGGCUGGCCGUCCUGAACAUCUUGUCAGCAGUCGCUCUCGGCCUCGCUCGCCCGGAGGGCACCUGCAGCGUUCCAUCCCCAAGCUACCGCCGGACGCAGGGACGGUGCUUGCCCGCCGAGCUCUGCGGCGCUCGCGGCCGGCGGCCGGUCCGUGCCGCCCGCGCCGGGGCGCGGGAUCGCGUCUCUGCGUCCUGGUCCCCUGUCGAGGCGCAGUACAUUGUGAGGUUCCACGAGUACCGGCGCGCCGAGGCUCAACACCGCCUGCUUGCACAGGGCCUGGGGCCCGAGGGCGAGGCCUGGGGCUGGAUCCGGAGGAACAACAAGGCGGCGGAGUAUCCCACUGACUUUGGGCUGAUACGCGUGGCCCCGGGGGGCUAUGAAGCCCUCAAGGCACGCCUUCAGGAACUGUCCUUUGUGAAGGAUGUACACCCUGAUUUUCAAAUCACCCGUGCGCUUGCCUGGGAGAGCUAUCCUGAUGAGGAGGAUGCGGGGUGGGCUGGUGGCUAUGGGGCCUUCCAUGGCGAGUGCGAUGGCGACACAGUAAGGAAGUUCCCUGGGAGGCUGCGAACAAGGCCAACCAUUGGACUUGACAAAGACGUAGAAACCUACAGUGACAGUCAGUCUUCCAGUUUCUUUUCUGAAAGCCACCGGAAGCUGCUGCUCAUGGACAAGUCCCACUCUCUGACUGGACUGUUUGAGGCAAACAAAAUAUACUCCCUGGGCUACACAGGGCAGAAUGUCAAGGUUGGUGUAUUUGACACUGGCGUCCGGGGUGACCACCCCCACAUAAGGAACAUCAAAGAGAGGACGAAUUGGACACAUGAGCCAACCCUUGAUGAUGGCUUGGGCCAUGGCUCCUUUGUUGCUGGUGUCAUCGCAAGCUCCGAUGAUGGGUGCCCCGGCUUGGCCCCCGAUGUGGAUCUGCACACAUUCCGGGUCUUUACCAAUGACCAGGUGUCCUACACUUCCUGGUUCCUGGAUGCAUUCAAUUAUGCGAUGGCAACAGAGAUGGAAGUGGUUAACCUGAGCAUUGGUGGCCCGGACUACUUGGACAGGCCAUUCGUUGACAAGGUGUGGGAAGUCACUGCAAAUGGCAUCAUCAUGACUUCAGCCAUCGGGAAUGAUGGGCCGUUGUAUGGCACAUUAAACAACCCUGCCGAUCAAAAUGAUGUUAUAGGGGUUGGUGGCAUAAGCUUCAAAGACAAGAUUGCCCAUUUCUCAUCACGGGGCAUGUCCAGCUGGGAGUUGCCGCUUGGGUAUGGCAGGAUCAAGCCGGACAUCAUGGCCUAUGCUCAGGACGUGCGAGGGUCGAGAAUUACAACAGGCUGUCGGAGCCUUUCAGGCACCAGUGUUGCUUCCCCUGUGGCCUGCGGAGCUGUGUGCCUACUGGCCAGCACGAUCCCCAAAGAGCGGCGCUGGGAUCUGCUGAACCCUGCCUCCAUGAAGCAAGCCCUGGUACAUGGGGCUGAGAGGCUGCCGGGUCUGAAUAUCUAUGAGCAAGGGGCGGGGCGGGCCACCCUCGCCAAGUCCAUGGCCUUCCUCCAGGAUUACACACCCCAGGCAUCGCUGAUCCCUGGUGUGUUGAACUUGACAGACUGCCCCUACAUGUGGCCCUUCUGCACACAACCCCUCUAUGCCCAUGCCAUGCCAGUCAUGAUCAAUGCCACCAUCCUCAACGGUAUGGGUGUAAUAGGGCACCUGGAAGGGCCCCCACGAUUCGAACCUGCUGAUGUCGGUGGUCACUUCGUCAACAUGCAGUUUGAGUACAGCACAACAUUGUGGCCAUGGUCUGGGUACUUGGCAAUUUACAUUCGGGUAAAUGCAGAUGGACAGGACUAUAAUGGGCAGGCCAGCGGAACCAUCGUGUUCGAUGUCUCUUCUCCAUAUCCUGGAGCUGGGGAUCAACGUCAGUCCUCCACUGUUCGAGUGCCAUUCAUAGCCAACGUGAUCCCCACACCAAGCAGGGAGCUUCGCGUCCUCUGGGACCAAUUCCACUCAGUCAAGUAUCCACCCCAAUACCUUCCAAGAGACAACUUGGACAUCAAGAACGACAUUUUGGACUGGCACGGAGACCAUCCGCACACCAACUUCCACCAAAUGUUCAAUUACCUGGUUGAACAUGGGUAUUAUCUGGAGAUUCUUGGAUCCCCAUUCACUUGUUUUGAUGCCUUACAGUAUGGAGCUCUGCUGAUGGUGGAUCUGGAAGACGAGUACUAUCCCGAUGAGAUACUGAAACUCAACAGUGACGUUCGAGAGAAGGGCUUGGGUGUGGUGGUCUUCGCGGAGUGGUACAAUGUGGAUAAUUUGGAGAAGAUGAGGUUUUAUGACGACAACACAAGGACCUACUGGACGCCCGCCACGGGGGGCGCCAACGUACCUGCCCUGAAUGACCUCCUUGAGGACUUUGGCGUGGCUUUUGGGGACUUGAUCCUAUCUGGCAACUUUGAGCUUGCAAAACAGACUGUGCGGUAUGCAUCGGGCGCAAACCUUGUAAAGUUUCCUGAGGGCGGAUUCCUCCAUUCCUUCAAGCUGGGUGGCAAGGCCACUGGCAGUUACUCAUCCCAGCUGCAUCCAGUGUUGGGCCUCACAUCAGUUGGCGAGGGCCACGUUGUGGCCUAUGGGGACUCUGGCUGCCUGGAUGGCAGCUACCAAGUGUCUGACUGUUAUGCGAUGCUGAAAGGCUUCCUUGAGUACUCCACAGGGAGGGUGGACCUCACAGAGUCAAGCGAGUACCUGUCGGCCCUGCUGGAUCCCAACCUUCGCCUGGAGACAGCGCUAGGGAGCGAUGAUGCUGAACUGCCAAAACGUUUCGAGGGUGUGAAUUUUACAGAGGCGUCUUUUGUGCUGCGGCACCCCCUGACUUGUUACAGCAAUUCCCCUGGUUCUCCAGACUUGGUCACAUCUGGUGCACCGCCCAGGAGCAUAGAGAGCAAGGAACUACUUCCCAGCAUCCCAACCAAUCCCGAUGUGCUGAGCAACAGCAGCACUCAAGCACCAAAUGAUAUGGCAUACACAGUGCAAGUCACAGGGCUUGGCUCCUCGCAAAUCCUGGGCAGCGUCACAACUUGGUGUUAUGUUGUGGGCAUUGUCGUUGUUGUUGGCCUAUAUCAAUUCACUAGGCAGAGGAAAGGACCGAUCAUUGGGCAAGGAGAGACCUCCAAGGGCACUGGGGAGCACGAGCUGUAG